AUGGGAACGCCACAGAAGCUGCAAUGUUCUGCAGUUUUGCUCGACUGUGUCCCAUUUUGGAACCCUUGCAUUUUAUCAAAUAAGGCUUAUUCUCAUGUGCAUGAACAGCAAACACCUUCCUGUCCUCACCACCUCUCCCUCUCAGCCCACGGUGUGGUGUUUUCCAGCUUUGUCCUCGUGAACAGCGUGGCCAUGGAGGGCGAUGGCUGCACCCUGUGCCGCACUGCAGAGGCGAAGCUUGUGGCGCUUUCUCACAGACUGAACUGCUCCCAGCAGGAACCGAACCAUCCCGAGAAGAGGUGCAGUGAUGCAGAAAAGCCUCCAGCUUCACAACCAAUCCUUCUGCAGCAUUACCCUCUCUAUCGGAAAAGUGAUGCAGAAUGCAGUGGAGAAGAUGCUGCCUCUCCGGAGGAGAAGACCAUCCCAUUUAAAGAGAAGUACGAUGUGCUGUCUCAGGAAGCAUCACAAAAGCUGCUGUGGUGGUUCCAUCCCCGCCUGAUUCUCAGCGGGCACACGCACAGCGCCUGCCAAGUGCUGCACGCGGGGGGGAUCCCGGAGAUCAGCGUCCCAUCGUUCAGUUGGAGGAAUAGAAACAACCCUAGUUUCAUCAUGGGCAGCAUAACACCAACUGACUUCUCCCUCCACAAAUGCUUCCUUCCACAUGAGAGCAGAGUCUUCGCUAUAUACUGGGCAGCAGGAGCCCUGCUCAUCAUCCUGGUGCUAGCUCAUUUUCAGCUUCUCACUCCACCAUUUUAUUUUGCUCAGCGUUUAAUCAGUAAGCAUAAAGCAGCAUGAAGAGCCAGACAUCUGCAUUCAGUCACUGAAAUACCAAAGCUGAGAACAGUCAAACAUCAGACUAUAUUCAUGCCAGCAAAUGACCUAAUUUGAUUGCUAGUCUGAAGGCAGGUUGCAUUUACACAUACCAUAGAAGUCCUAUACAGCUGAUAUGACUACUACAGGAUAAAUAAUUAACUGAAAUGAACGUUCCAUGCUGUACAAAAAUACUGUAUUCUACAAUCAAAUGAGUCCUUUUCCUGCUAUAAUUUUUGUAUCAAAUAUGUAUAUUAAAAGUGUAACUGUACAUUAUGUAAA